AUGAAGUUGGCCCCGGUGGUCUCGCCUCGAAAGCCUGUCCUGAGGAAACAUGGUUCUCUCAACCGAACACUCGGAUCAAGUCAGCAUAUGCCUCUCUCCGUGGCGAACGUACGCACGCACGGCAAACUCACAUUAUUCUUUGCCGGGCCUGCAGCCGGAGCACACGGCUCGGUAGCACCCUUCGACAAUGUAACGCUCGGCGCCGGGGUUCGUGUCGUAACACCAGUUGAGACAGGCGCCGAAGUUCAUGCCGAAAGUGCCGCACUCGGCACUGACGGGCAGGAUGCCGGCGGCGAAAAGGAGGGCAACGGCGGCGACUCUCAUAGCGACGGAAGGCGGGCGUCAGAUCUCGGGGUUUGGGAUCGAAGCUGGCGAGCGUGA